AAGUUAUUGGUUGGCCAUCUAAUUUUUGCUACUCUGUGAAAUACACAGGUAAACAAUCCCUCCAGCGUGGAUUUAAGCAGCUAAAUUCCUUCACUUUGCCUUUUUUUCGUCUGUUUCUGUCUUUCUAGUCGUGUAGAAGCCUCCGUUCUCCACCAACAUGGAUGAAAACACGUUAAAACAGCUUGUGAAGCUCACUCAGGAGGGACAGUUCAGCUCUGUGGAGAAGCUGGUGUCUUUAGAAAACUCCACGGCGGUCCAAACUGUCUGUAGCAAACACUUCGGCCGGUCAGGGGACACUUUGCUGCACUACGCUGCCAGACACGGACACAUGGACAUCGUGGAGUUCUUUAUAGAGCGGGUGGGCAUGGACGUGGAGGUUUACAACAACGACUACAAGAGGCCGCUGCACGAAGCUGCGUCCAUGAGCCGCCAUGAGUGUGUGAGCUAUCUGCUGAGACGAGGAGCCAAGGUGGACAGUCUGAAGAAAGCGGACUGGUGAGAGCGUGAACUCGGCAACCUGCGAAUAUGUCAUUAUGAUGAAAUAAUCUUAGUUAGCACGCCCUCUGUUGGCUUUAAAACGGUACUGUGUCCGUGUAACGAGCAGCUCCCUUCGAUAGCUCAGUUGGUAGAGCGGAGGACUGUAGUGGCGUAAUGCUGAAAUCCUUAGGUCGCUGGUUCGAAUCCGGCUCGAAGGAGAGACAUUUUUGAUCGAUUAAAAAUGUAACAUCGGUGGCUCCAACACUUAAGCUUUUAUAUAUAUGGACUAAUUUUAUUUUAGAAUCAUAGGACGAUAUCAAUCAAUCAAACUUUAUUUUUAAAGCACUUUUCAUACGUGGAGGAAUCAUGCAGGAUAUUAAAAAACAAUGAAGUAAAACCCACCCUCUCAACCCUCAUUCAACACAUACAGCACUUACACGCUCACACACAGAUGCAUACACACAAAAGACCAGGUAAGGACACUUCAGCUGAGGAAACGCUAUCUUGAAGUAAAAAAGAUGAAGAAAACACUGGAUCUAGGACUAAAUGAUAAAACCAUGAUAAAAUAAAAUAAAGGUGAUAAAGCGUUAAAAGUUAAUUAAAUAAAACAGUCUUAAAAUCAAACAAUAAAAGAAAGUUAAUCAAAAAAGAGGUAAUAAAACACAAAACACCUACUGUAGGACUAAAAUAGCGUAAAAUCACAUAAUGCAGACAUUUCAGUUUUCAAUUUCUAUCCCUCUAUUGAAGUUAUUCGCUUCAUCUCACAUGAUAUGAUUAUUUUUACAUUUGUUUAUUAGUUUAAUGUGAAUUUUCUUGCUUCCCCCUUCCCUGUAACAGUCAAUCAAACAUUAAUUUGGAUGUUUAGAUACAUUAUCGCCACAUAACCAAUAUAUUUAUCGAGAAAACCUGUAAAUUUUACAAUGAAAACAAUCACUAGUCACUGCAUUAUCUAAAAGUCCAACUUUUAUUUCAAAGAUCUUAUAGUCUGAUCAUUAAUUUAAAUACUGUGUUAGUUAAUAAACUGAAUGGAGCAGUUUCACUCAGGCAGCGGGUGUUCGUGUUGUCACUUGUCUCUCAGGACUCCCCUGAUGAUGGCGUGCACUCGGAGGAACCUCGACGUGAUCCAGGAGCUGCUGCGUCAUGGCGCUGACCCGUCACUGAGGAACAAAGACGGCUGGAACUCUUUUCACAUCGCCUGCAGGGAGGGGGAUCUUUCAGUGGUGCAACACCUGCUGCUCACUGCUCCUGACGUGUGGAGGACGGCGAGCAAGACACGCAGGACACCUCUUCACACUGCAGGUGGUAUGACAGUGGUUACCGAUGGUGGAAAAAUGUGUUUAAUUUUUAUUUGUGGGGAUAAAAACAGUUUUAUUUGUUUGUAGAAAAUAACUGAUACUCUCUUUAUUCACUCAGCAAUGCACGGCUGUGAGGAGACAGUUCAGCUCUUACUAGAGAGGUAGGUGAAAUUUGGUUCAGAGCUUCUACAGACCCUACAUGUACUGUUGAUGAACGUCAUAGUCAUAAAUCUACAUAAGAAAAUAACUUUACUCAUGACUUUAAUUCUGUUUAUUUGCAUUUUUAUUUUUUGCGUUCAUACUAUGUUAAAACUGUCCAAACUUCACCUGACAGUUAUUUAUUUUUUUUGUUUUGGCCGACACAGCACUUAGUAAACAUUUGUUGUUAUUAUAACUAAAAUAACCACCAAUGUUAACACUACUGUCGGUGAUUCUUCCAGAUGUGAUUACGCCCCAGACAGUCCUGACAGCUGUGGGGUCACCCCUUUCAUGGAUGCUGUCAGGAACGGACACAUCUCAGUGGCCAGACUUCUUCUGGAGAGGCAGCAGGUAGAAAACAGCGUUUUGAUUCAGGAUGUUAUGAAGACACUCUGAAGGAUGUUGCACUAAAGCUCUGGUAAUAUCGUGUUUUGUUCUGCAGGCUUCUCCAACAGCAGCUGACGCUCUCGGGGCUCAGCCGGUGCAUCAGGCUGCUGUUACCGGCCAGGAGGAGGCGCUGCGGUUCCUGGUGCGGGAUCUGAAUGUAGAUGUGAACCAGAGGGCGACUAACAUCCAGCUCACUGCUCUGCAUUACGCCGCGAAGGUGAGACCAGUGACACCUGACAGGAGGGGCUGUUCACCUCUCUCAUACUAAAGACUCACUGCAUCUAACUAUGAUAGAAAAACAGAACAGAUAAGAGGAUAAGUUACCUAUAAAUUUAGCUAAAUAUAUAGAAUAAAAGGUGUUUAUACGAAGCUUUACCUUCAGUAUUAAAGAGUUUUUUUAAAAACUCAUCUUAAAACCCAUUUUUAUUCAUUGGCUUUCAACCCUGCAUGAGACUCGGCUCCUGUUUUAGUGUUUUAUGGUUUGUUUUUAUUUAUUUGUUUCUAUGUUUUUAAAUUAGUUUUUAAAAACAUAGAAACUAUAUUUUACUUUUUAAUAUCUGCUUUUAUUUUAUCCACUGUUUUAAUUGUUUUUUAUGUCUGUGCUGUUUUGUCUAUUUAUGUACAGCACUUUGGUCAGCUGUGGUUGUUUUAAAGUGCUUCACAAAUAAGGUUGAGUUGAGUUGAGGUAAUAGAUAAGCUGUGGGUUUUUCCUUAAGUAAUAAACAGAUGAAUGAAAUUGUCAUUCUGAAGUUAUUGGUUGAUGGUUUAAAAUCAACAAUGUUGUUGAAAACUUGAUAAAUUUAUCUGUGUCUCGCAGGAGGGUCACACAUCGACUUUAAGAACUCUGCUGGAUUUGGGGGCAGAUCUUUACAUCCGUGACAGCAAGGGAAGAACAGGUGAGCAGCAGGACACAGUGAAUCCAUGUUUUGGACUUUUCCUGCAGGGAUGAUCUUCUGAAUAUCGAUAAAAACUACUACUAAAAUGUCAACCAUGAAAGGUUUUGUCAAUGUCGUUUUAUCAACGAGUAAAAUAGAUUUUACUGUCACUGACUGAUGAAGAGUGUUAUUACACAGUCUGUGAUAAAUACCAACAGUCUGAAGGGCUUCAGUGAAGUUAUGAAUAACCGUUCAGCUACUGCAGGGCGAAUAGAUUAUUGAUCACAGAGAGUAUCAUGAGAAUAACAAAUUUUUAGAAAACUUGAAAAUGAAGCUACCCUAUCAGCCAAACUGAGGAACGGCAAAGUUAACUAACACACCAUCAUCCAUGUUUAAAUUUAGGACUUAUCUGCAUCACCAGACCUGUGACUGAAAAAAAAGCCACAUUGUUGUGCUUUUAUUUUGAUAUUUUUCCUAUCUUACUUUUUUUAAACUUCCUGUAAAAACCUAGACCUGUGCUUUUAUUCUGAAGCGUGUUACGUCAAAAAGAACAGUUCAACAGUGUGAUUAUUCAGCUGUUCAGUAACCUGAGGAAGUGCUGUCAUUGGAUUUAUAAUAAAUCUUAAAAACACAACAAAGUGAAGGUCCAGACCUCCAUUCAACAGUUCGUCUGCCAUUAAAAAGUCAUUUUUUUUCAGAUGUAGACCUGCAGCCCUUAGACAAGCUCUCAGCUGCAUCACUGCAUGAAAGUUAAUAUAAGUCUGACUGAUUAAAAACAGGCUGGAACAUGUUUCUUCUUAAUGUGCUUUUUUUGCAUGGAGGAGGUCGAGAGAAGCUUUUCAAAAACAAAACAAAAAAGGCACUGGAGUGAAAAUUAUUUGCUGUCUAACUUUGAGUUGGAUUUCUUUUGUGGUCUAAAACAUGCAAAAGCACCCGUGUAGUGACUGAGCGUUCCUCUCUUUCUCCUUGUGUCCUCGCAGCUCUUCACAUGGCCUCCAUUGGACAGCAUGCAGACACAGUCAGGACCCUCCUGCAGCUCAGGCUCAGGGACUCAGAGGACUCAUCCGGCACUAACGCACGGCAGCUCGCUAGGAAACCAGACGUGGUGCGAGCGUUUGAAUGUGGCCUAACGGAGACCGCAUAAAUCCUCCUACAGUGUUACAGAGCAGAGAUGUGAUGUUAGUGCUGCUAAAAACAGGUUUAAAGGACGGAAGAUGAAGAGUUUGGGUUGAGUAAAUCAGAAUGAACUCACAUGUCGUGGUGCGGUGUGACUGAAUUUCGAAGUUGCAAAUAAAAUGCAUAAAAAGCAAUAAAACAAAUGCAUGCAUGAAUAAGUCAAACAUUAAAUCAGGAAUAAUAAGAAAUGGCCAACAAGAAUAAACUUCAACACGAGACAAGGACUGAGAGUCAAAAGAAGGCGUGCAGAUUCACUCAGAGGAGAAACCCAAGUCCACCUGGUGGUCCAAGUCUCGCAGUUCACAGUAAACGGCACAAACUGACCUCAGAUUUCACCUCGAUUGGAUUCCACUGUAAAGUUCUUGUUUUGGGAAAAGUAUGCAGUGAAGUUCAAACAUGAUCAGGCACGUUAAAGAUGAACUCUCCUGCCUGUGUGGAAGUUUGUCUGACUGUGUUAUCCUCCUGUUUAUCAGGACGUCAGACACCAAACCUAAACUUUAAAAAUGUAAAAAUGUGCUGUGAUCAUCCCGUCGUUAAUUCUGCUGCCUGCUGUGUUUUAGUUUUAGAUUCUUGCUGGUAUUAACAUCUUAAAUGUGCCUAUAAUGGUUAUACUGGUUUAUGAGAAAAAUACUGUAAAUAAAAGGAAGAAAACAAAUUAUGUAAAUAGGUCAAAACUUAUAAUCGAGUGACCCUCUGAAAAACUUCAUUCCUGAGUUUGUUGUCCGGCUGUGCGUCUGUGACUCCUGCUGCUGUUCACUCUGAGUCAGUCAUACAGAAGCUAACUGGGUGAAUGUCUCUCAGUUUACUAAACAGGUGUGUCAAGUCUGCUCAGGUAUCACAAUGCAGCAUUCAUCCAUCAUCACUCAAACAUCUCUACUAUGUGGGUGUGCUCUUCCUUGUGUGAGUAUAAAAGAUGUAAAAUGUAAAUAAAUAAAAAAUGAAUGAAAAAGGGUUUGUUUAAAGCAAACGGGAACACCCAGAAUGAAAAUUAUUGAAUGAGCAAAAAGGAGAAUACUCAACGUCCUACUUUAAAGUGCAGGACCAUCUCAAGACUUUAUUCUCAAUAUGGAAAUUCUAUAAUGCACCUGCUGUCUGUCAACACACACCUAACUUUUCAAGGGAAUUCAUAUGGUGAUAAGAAAUAUUUGAGUCAGCUGGUCAUUUUUACUCCAAAUUCACCAUAUUUUGGUUCUUUCUCCUUCAGCUGUUAUUGUGCCAGGAAGACUCACAUGCCCAAGGAAUGGCUGGAAAAGAAACUAAGUUUACAGUCUCUCUCUCUAUAUAUAUAUUUAUAUUUUUUUCCUGAUUUUUUUCUUCAUGAAUGUCUAAUUUCAGUUAUUUUGUUGAAUUUUUAUAUUAUAUUAUAUUAGAUUUUCCUUUAUUCAUCCCUCAGUGGGGAAAUUAAGUCAUUAACAACAGCAGUACACACAACAUACGCAAUUAUAACGAGUGAAAAACAACAACAAAUAAAUAGAUUACAUUAGGUAAAUUGAAUAUAGGAGACCACUUUUUUUUAGAUUAGAUUAGAUUAGAUAUGGUCCCCUCAUGGCACUUUUUUCCUCCCUUUGGACAUUGCACAGUCGAAAAUAAAAGAAAACUACUUUAA